UAUGGUUUCUAUGUCUUCCACUUUUUAGAUGCUAUCGUCCGUCACUCCCUCAUAUUCGCAACCGGAAACUUUCAUUUCUUUCUAGAGAAAGCAACAAUGCCGGCAAAACAGAGGACGCCUAAGGUCAGCAGAAACCCUGAUCUGAUCAGGGGAGUUGGUUAAUACUCAAGGUCGCAGAUGUACCACAAGAGAGGUCUUUGGGCUAUCAAGGCCAAAAACGGCGGCGUUUUCCCUCGCCACGACGCUAAGUCCAAAGUUGAUUCUCCGGCGGAGAAGCCCCCGAAGUUCUAUCCUGCCGAAGACGUCAAGAAACCUCUCGCCAAUAGACGCAAGCCAAAGCCUACCAAGCUCAGAUCCAGCAUCACUCCAGGGACAGUGCUGAUCAUCCUUGCUGGUAGGUUCAAGGGCAAGAGAGUUGUCUUCAUGAAGCAGCUUACUUCUGGUUUGCUUCUCGUGUCCGGACCGUUCAAGAUCAAUGGUGUUCCUUUGAGACGUGUUAAACAGUCCUACGUGAUUGGAACUUCCACGAAGGUUGACAUUUCCGGAGUUGGCAUCCAUAAAUUGGAUGAUAAGUAUUUUGGAAAGGUUGCUGAGAAGAAGAACAAGAAGGCAGAAGGAGAGUUCUUGGAGGCAGAGAAAGAGGAGAAGAAGGAGAUUCCACAAGGGAAGAAAGAUGACCAGAAGGCAGUGGAUGCAGCUUUGAUCAAAGCCAUUGAAGCGGUUCCAGAGUUGAAGACCUACUUGGGCGCAAGGUUCUCACUGAAACAAGGGAUGAAGCCUCAUGAGCUUGUUUUCUAAAUUUCAUUACCUUUUGCUGAGGUUUCUAGAGUGUCUGUCUUCUUUAGUUUUAUCCUCGGGAAUGGUUUAGUAUUGUUCUACUGUUUUACAUAUGGAUAGUUCAUCGAUCAUGUUUUUGAACGUGAGGUUUGUAGCAAUAUGGAGUUGAAAUCUUGACUUCAUAGAAUUUUCCUCAACCAUUCAUUUGAUGAUAAUAGAUGGUAUAAAGCUA